CCUGGGCGGCUGUUCCUUGCCCCCCAGCCAUUGACUUGGCUACCUAGUUAUCUCGUUAUGGCCCUGUGCAUAUCUGUUAUCUCGACACAGGACAGGAAUAAUCACCAUCGACGAAACUGAUCUCAGCUCAACAGAGAGUUCAGUUAGAGUGGCUAUAGCUUUUCCUCUUCCAAGAUACCCCGCUUUUUUUCAGGUCUCACGCGCUGCUGGCCUGCCGCUUAAAUGUUUCAAGAUGGUGAAUAGAGGGUAGCUCUAUAUCCAGUUGACUAUCUCCCGACUCAAAUAACUACCCGAGGAUGCGAUCUAUGAGUCUGUGUUUAUCGGAUCCUGCAAAGUCCUGCUGGGGCAACAAAAGAGGGGAUGUAUGCAGUAGCGCCUUCUAAGAUGGGAUGAAAACCCCAAACAUGAUAUACGAGGAAGGUGCAAAGGUGUUCAACACUCCCGGGGAAAGAGUGAUUAACACAUCGCGCUUUCCUUUUUCAGGGCUGAACGGGAUGCGGUACGAACUCUAAAUGGAGGCUCAAAACCUUACUUUUGUUUACUUUUGGGCUUUCUUCCUCAGCUAUUAUUUUUUUUUUUCAUAUUCUAAUUCAUCACAUCGGCCAUCAAAUAUUAUCUAUAUUAUACCCCCUUCAGAUUCAUGUAGUCAUCAUGAGUGUGAAUGCAUCCGAUGAGUAUCUACUCAGGAAGUUUGCUUCCCGUGAGAUAGACCCAUGCCGUAUCAACUUUGGCAAACCAGAAUUCUUUACCCCAGAGCCCCGCCCCGAUAAACUAUCUAUAGGCACCCUUGACCGACUACCCGUAGAGCUCCUCCAUGAGAUCCUAUAUAUGCUCGACCUCAAAUCGCUAUCUGAUCUCCGACACGUAUCUAGAGGCGGAAACGUUGCUGUCAACGCCUUGCCGCUGUACCAUGCUAUUGUAACGCACGUACCGUAUACCCUUGACGUGAUUCGCCGAACUGGUCUUCAAAGCGAGUACACGGUGCAGAGACUCUAUAAGAUUUUGCGCACCCGCGACUGCCCCGAAUGCGGAGAAUUUGGCGGAUACAUAUUCCUUCUAACAGGCGAGAGAUGCUGCUCUGCAUGCUUGAACAUGAACCAGAACUUUUGGGCGCUUCCCAUCGACGAUAUGGAGCAAGAACUCUGUUUUCCCUACGAGGAGAUGAGAGGUCUAACUGCAAUGACAGCCAUCCCAGACAAGUGCUUUUCUCCUCGUGUGGAGCCAGGUGAAGAUCUGCGCCUCAUAUCGCUCAGGGAGGCAGUGAACCUUGCAAGGAGCAACGGCACACUUUUGGUCUUUGACAUGAUCACUUGCCUCGGGAGAGAAUGUGGGCAUUCUUCCCCUCUUCCUAUGGUUCAAUCCUGUUUCUGUAAAUUUGGCCCCGAGACGAGAAACGACGUUGUACCAGAACAGCCUAGAUAUGAAUCCCGCAUUCCGCCCACGGGUUAUCCGGUAUGGUUAAGUCAGGAGAGCAACAGCUACUGCAACAUGUCAUCCAUACGAUUACCAUACCUGCUGCCGGAUGGGACGGUUGACUGGGGCUUCUAUUGCGAUGCAUGCAUGAACACGACGACCUACCCAUAUCUCACCCCAGAGAGCGAGUUUCUAAAGCAUGCGCGCGUGUGCGAGUGGAUCAGGGAUUACGUUGAAAGCAACUGUGGGGUCCCAGAUCCGAACAUUGAAAAACAUGAUCAGUAGACAACCAGCUUGUACCAUCCCGUUAUUGAUUGUUAUUCUUAUUCUUACCAACAGCCGUUUGAUUAUCGAAUAUACCUUCGUUGGCGCAGUGCCUAUUGAAUAGCUCCCAGUGAAUGGUAGUCAUCGUGAGUAGAAGUAAAGUUACAUAAUAAACACGUAGAAAGGUGGUAGUUUAACU